UUUUCAACUUUAAUAAUGCUAAUGGCAAUGUCAAGAGCACUUACAAAUAUUAUUCGUCAGAGGCACCUGUUUCCCUAUACCAUGCCAAUGAUUUCAUCAAAGGCUAUUGUAUAUUUUCCAUUUUCUACGUCUUCGCAUCUCAUGUACUUAAGUAAAAAGUCUCUAACUAAGUCCAAUAAAAGCGAAUCCGGUAAUCAAUUACAAGUUGACUACAUAGAAGUAGUAAAAAAAAAGACAAGUCUUGCUUGGCACCUAAGUAUUUUUGUGAUUGGACUAAGUAGUACCGCUGUUAUAAUAUAUUAUGUCUUUCAAGAAUUAUUUUCUAGUACCAGCCCAAAUUACGUUUAUAGUAAAGCAGUCGAUGAAGUUAUAAGCGAUUCCCGUAUUAUCCAUGCUUUGGGAUCGCCAAUUAAAGCUCACGGAGAAGAAACUGCAAAAAGACGACGAGGUCACGUUAAGAAUCUCGUUUACUUAAGAAAUGGAGUUGAACAUAUGAAAAUGAAAUUUUACAUUCAAGGAAGUUAUAGAAAAGCCGAUGUACACCUAGAAGUACGCAAGAAUUCUCAAGGACAUUGGAAUUAUAGAUAUUUAUUUGUUGAAUUGAAAAACAGACCAAAAUCUGUAAUUGUGUUGCAAGAUAAUCGAGAUACCGAUAAUAAAGAAUAUAACGAUUCAAAAGAUUCCGAAGAACUCAUGCCACCGAACUUGAGGGAUAGAUUAAUCGAAUAAAAAUUUUUAUUUCUCACAGUAUAUCUGUAAAGCUUAUAUAUUUUCAA